AGAACUCAACAGCACCUCAACCACGUCGCGGAAAGUGACACGGAGUCAGCAGCGAGGGAAACAGCCAGCGCGAAAUAAAGUCAAACCCCACCAGCCGGACAGCGAUCAGCAGAGGUUAGAGUCACCAAAGCCACACACCAGAUUCAGAUUUGGGAGCAAAUAUUUCUCAGAAAAGAAGAAGAAUUCAGAGCUGCAGAUGCAGACGAGAUCUGCUUGAAGGAGGAACACCAGAUCGAGAAGAGAUUGAGCAGCAGCAUCAAGAAACAAGAUGAUGAUGUCGCCGAAGCAGCUGCUGACCACCAUCCUCAUCGUCUUCUCCACGCUCUCCUUCAUCAAGCUGCUCCUCCUCACCCACUCCGCAUCGUCGUCGCCCGCGCGCCCCGGCCGCUCGGCCUGGGACGCCGCCGGCUCCGGCAACGGCACCGCGGCCACGGACGGCCUCAACGCCAAGGAGUUCGCGCUGCUCCGCUCCGUCGUCGCCGCGCGCGCGCCGUGCGGGCUGCUCGUGUUCGGCCUCUCGCCGCAGCUCCUCGCGCUCGCGGCCGUCAACUCCGGGCAGGGCGCCGCCACCGCCUUCGUCACCGACAGCGCGGAGGACGCGGACAGCGCGCGGCGCGUGCUCGCGGGGCGCGGCUCGGCGGCCGUCCACCGGGCCAGCUACCCCGACCCGGCCGGGGAGGCGUGGGCGCUGCUGCGGCGCGCGCGGGCGAGCCCCGUGUGCGGGCGCCCCACGGGGACGGUGCGCAAGUCCGGCUGCCGGCUGGCGCUGACCUCGCUGCCGCGGGAGGUGCUCGACGCGCGGUGGGACGUGGUCGUCGUCGACGGGCCGAGCGGGGCCGGGCCCGGGGAGCCGGGGCGGAUGGGCGCCAUAUACACCGCGGCCGCGCUAGCGCGCGCGGCGGCGGGCGGCGCGGUGGACGUGGCGGUGCACGACAUGAACCGGACGGUGGAGCGGUGGUACGCCAGGGAGUACCUCUGCGAGGACAACCUCGUCGCCGCCAAGGGGCGCCUCUGGCACUUCCGUGUCGCCGCCGGCGGGCCGCCGGAUGCGUUCUGCUCGAGUGCUCGGGUUCAGAUCUUGUAACCUGAGCAAGCGGAGCAAGAUCGCCGGCGGUGGGCAGGGCACGACAUGUCGGCAAGGAGGGCUUCGUCCAGCUGCAGGCCCCGACCACGGGCACCGGAAUGCUGCACGGAGAGACUGAAAAUCUUGAUGGCGAAGAAAAUGCAGAUUGGUGAAGCUGUUGCGAACUUGCAACCAUUUCGGCCGUGGCCAUGUCUGGCUGUCUGUGAUCUUGUAAUGUGAUACAGCAACAGAAGAGGCAUGAGUUUGUCUCCAAUCUUAAAAAUUCGUAAAUUUUUCGAGAGAUACAAUUUUUCUUGUGUCCUUUUUUUUAAUAAAAGAGGGGCUCCGACGACAACUGAACCCUAUUACA